AUGAUGAUGAUACUCAGUAGUAAACAUUAUUAUUGGCAAUCAGCAUUGAUACUAUUAAUCAUCACUACCACUUUGAUUGGGUGUAAUGCUCAAGACAAAUACAUUCAUGCUGAAUUACACAACAACCUACAAUGUACUGGUAGACCUUCUGCAAUUUAUCAAUAUGAGAUAGGACAAUGUUACCCUACAUCAGCUAGUAGCUCUUUCAAAUAUGCAUUUAAUGUUCAGGGAGAACCAUCCAUAUACUCUUAUUCAACAACUACUUGUACUGGGACACAACUUCACGCUGUCGAUGAAAAUGGUUUGCCACAUGAUUGCGUAUAUGUGGGCACAGACCCUUAUUUACCUGCCGAUCUAUACUUUAAAAUAGCUACAUCCAAUCUUCCAUUGGCACCACUCUACGACUUUUUGUUUUAUGAAAGACAUUUAACGACAUGUACAAAUGAUACACAUUUUGGAAGAUCAAUUUAUCGUGGUGAUUAUUCAUGUAUUGCAAGUGAAGAUGGGUUCCAAUAUUUCAUGUCUUUGGCUGGUACUGGAAAUGGUAUUAGUGGGAAAUACUCUACUCCCAUUUGUUUGCCGGGUGCUGAUUUUGCAUAUACUACUACUUGUGGACCGUCGUCGUGGAAUGACAGGUAUGUCUCUUAUGCAAUGAAAGCUCCAAAAAUGACUCUCCGUCCUUCUUCCCCCAUUACAACCAACUUUAAAAAUGUUACUAUUCCAGGUAUCACCCAUAACUGGCCUGCUGCACCAAAGGUUAUUGCAUUAACAGUAGUUUUAAAGACAGCUACUAUGUUUACAAUUGAAUAUACCGUUGAAAAUCCAGUACAAGGUAAUUUGACAUCUUUUAUUGUCAAUGUUGGUGGAGUUGUUGUGUCAAGUAGUACUUGUCCACCAACAGGUAACCAAUGUACUAUAUCAAACUUGGUACCAGGAUCAUCGAGUUCGAUCACUGUACAGGCUGUCACUGAAUCAGUUUCUACCCAAGUAUUUGGUCCGUACGUAGUCACUCUUUACCCUGCCAUUGCUCCAGCAACACUACAAAGUUAUGUAGUAUCCCCACUCAACAUGACUAUGACCUAUGCUGCCAAUGGUGGUGCUCCCUCCAUUACACCAACUUUUACAGUCUUGUGUAAUGGAACUGCCAACCCAUCAUGUACCAACACCACCUCUACUCUAUGUGUCUGUGAUACAACUCAUGGUUACACUUUUGACUCUCAAGUAAACAUGACCAUCAUUUCAUACAGUGAAGGUUACUCUUCCACUUUUACAAGAAUUGUUUAUGCUGGUGAUGGUGUAAAUGAUAUUAUAAUUGAUAAUUCAACUUUAACAACUAAAGUAAUAACAUUUGGUUAUUCUACACUUGGAGGUGACUCGGUAUUCCCGGUUAUUAUAUCUGUCAAGUAUGGAGGGAAUGUUGUUUGCUCAUCGACACUAUUUACAGGUACUUGUAGUAUCCCUGGAUUGACUGACAAUACAACCUACACUGUAACCAUUACCGCUACCAACAAUGGAAAUGAUUUUAGUAAAGACUUUAGUUUUACAACUGUUCCUCGUGUUUACGAUGGAGUUGAUAAUAUUAGAAGUAUUAAAUCAACCUCGUUUAUGGUGGAGACUAGUUAUAAGGGUGGAACUAGUUCAGUUACAACACAGGUAAUGGUAGAUGGUGGUGUGGUAUGUGGAUACGUCGGUUUGGGACUAAACCUUUGUUCGUCAUUGACAGGCAAUACUACGUAUACGGUCACUGUCAACUUUUUAAAUGAUGGGAAUACUCUUUCCCUCCCUACUUCAACUGUGCAAACCUAUCCGUCUAUUUCAAAUUUGGUUAGAACCCAAGUUAUCGACAGUUUCACCAAUUUCAAUGUUAGCUACUCUUCUUCCAAUGGAGUACCGAGUGAAUCAACUUUGUAUACAGUCUCUAUCGACAAUCAAGUCAUUUGUCCUCCACAAACCACUUUAUUUUGUAUCUAUGAUUAUCCAAGUGGAUAUCCCAAUCAACGUAGCUUUAGUAUCAAAAUAGAGGCUUCAAACGAUGGUAUCUCACUCCAAAAUGUGACAACCUACACCACUUUUAGCCUUCCCUCUGGAACGAUGAUAGAUUCUAUUGUCGGUACCAACUCUAUCAACCUAACAUGGACGGUACCACAAGGAGGUAUUGCAAAUGCAAAUUCAUAUGUAGCAUCUAUUCGAUAUGGUGGUGCCCCAAUUGUCAUCAAGUGUCAAACCAACAACACCUAUUGUCUAUUUGAAAAUCUACUUGAAAAUUUAACAUAUAAUUAUAUGGUGACUGCAACCAAUAGUUUCUUUAACCCAACAAAUGAUCAAGGUUCAAGUACUACAAAUCAAGAAAUUGAUAAUAAAUGUUUAAAUAAUUGUAGUGGAAAUGGUGAAUGUAAAUAUGGAGGUUGUGAAUGUACAUUUGGUUGGGAUGGUAUUGCAUGUGAAAUUAAAUUGAAUGAAACGAUUGCUAUGGCUUCAACACAGAUGGUCACACCAAGUACAACCAAUCCAUCUGUCACUGUUGUUUACAAUGACAAUGUAACAUACAAAGUACAUUUAGUUCGUUUGGUAGAGAGGAAUACUGGUACUGGUGAGAUUGUACAAACGGUUAGCCUUUUAUCUGGUGGUUCUAAUUCAUGGGAGGUCGAGGGUAUGUCCUUUUCCUACACUGGUAGUAAUGGAUUGACUGUUGUGGUAGAGUUUGAAGAUCUAGACUCUCAACAACAAGAAUCAUUUGCAGGUCGAACUUAUACCACUCCCAAUUCAACUUUACAAUACACUAUCACUGUUUCUGCAUGGCAGUUCCAGUCACCAGAAAAUGUAUUUGAAGUACACACUACCAUCUCUCAUCCAAUCUUGUGUUUAUCUUCUGUUUUGACACAAUCCACACUCAACACCACCACCAACAAACUCACCUCUAGUCUAUUGAUUGGAACAUCAUCGUCGUCACCAUCACCUUCAGUACUGUUGCAAGGAAGAUUACUCAACUCUGCAAUGGUAGAUUCCAUCCCAUCGAAUAUUACCUAUCAAGUUUCAAGUGCUUCAUCCAAUUCUACUCAAACUACAAUUGUAGCUAGUACACCUUCAUUUACUCGGUCACUCUUGGUACGACCAUCAUUCCAUAUCAUCAAUGCCAAUUUUACCGAUUGUGCCACGCCACCAAUCGAUUCCUCUUCACAUUCUUCUUCUUCAGAGGAGAAGGAGAAUGACAAGGGAUCAUCAACCACUAGAGACUCUACCAACAUCAUCAUUGGUGUAGUUGUUGGUGUAAGUGGAGCAGUCCUUGUCGGAGCAUCUUCCUUCUUUUUGUACAAAAAGGUUAUCAAAAGAGCAAUUCACAGAAACAAAUUAGAUAGAAUUGGUUAA